UGGGGCCGCCUCUGCAGUUCGCCCACCACAAUUCGCCUUUGCUCGUGUGGGAUGAUUCAAGCAUUCCUGCGGGUUCAGAGUUGAUUCUGCUUUGCGAUCGGCGAUCCCGCAUCGGGUCGAGUUUGAAUUGUGGAGUGCGCAGAGUAUGGUGUUGUGCAAGUCAAAGUGGGAGUCAACCAUCGCAUGACCAUCGCAUGACCAUCGCAUGAUCGAUCGUCUUCAUAUUUCUUAUUGCUUCUUUUUCCGUCACUAAUCAAAAAGCGAGAAAUUCCUGUGGAGUAAUUAGAGGUGCGUUUAAGAGUAUGCGCGGGUUUUGUAGAAGAGGUCGAUGAUUGCGACGUUUCCGCUGAGAACCGAGUCUGCACUUUGUUGAGGUUGGUGUCAGUCGCGAUCUCUUUUUCGCCAUGGCUCUCAAAGUGCAGGCGUCGCAGACAGUGAUGGCUGGUUCGCUCUCUUUGCCAUCGACUCCGGCCGGAAUCCGAUCUACACGAUUUCAAUUGGGUGAUCUGAAGAGGCCGUUGAAGUGCAGAAGACAGAGGGUGGGUAUUGCAAGAGCUUCGGGCACGGCUGAGCCCGAGUCGGCUGGAACAGGUGGCCCAAGUUUAGUUGACUCAAACAUGAUGGUGUUGAGGAAGCGUAUCCAGAGCAUUCGCACCCAAGAGGGCAUCAACGAUAUUCCUACGGAUUGGGCAGAAUGGGAGCGAUCCGCUUACCCCAACUACCGCGCAGACGUUUACCUCUUACUAAGCACUAUGCAAAGCCAGCUUCUGACGUUGAGGCCUGGGACUGUGGUAGGCAUUGCGUCGGUGCUCAUGGCGGUGCUGCCCGUGAUGUCCAUCUUGUUUGUAUCGGCCUUGGGGGCGCAGCUCUGGUCUCUCCACCUCGCGUUGCUGGAAUUAGGUGCAUCACUGCACCAAUAACGCCAGGAUCACACACACAGUUGGUAACAUGCGGAGGGCAUCCGCUUCGUAAACUGCCUCCUUCUCAUGGAGAUGUUGCCAUUUGUUAUCAUCAUCAGAUCUUCAUGCUGGGCACAGUAGAUAUAUGUAUUGUAGGUGUGUAGCCGAAUAGGGGAUUCCGACUCCGGAUUUCUCACCUCGAUUCGUCAGAGAUGAACUUUACACCAAGUUGGUGUGGCAUGCAAACGCCGGCACAGGUUGGGGAUGAUGUAAAUAUAGAAACAUCUGGAAGUGCAAGGGGUGUAGACAUGUUUCAGAAUAGAAACGAGAGAAGUUGCUGGUGCGAGCAAUCGGUGUAGCUCGUGCGACUUGGACUGAUGAGAUGGUGAAGGAUACCCACACUCAUGAGAUGGGCUAUGGCGUUGGCUUUUUCUGAUUCAGAGCAGUUGUGUUUUUUCUUUUUUUUUUUCUUUUUUCUUUGUUCCAGAUAAUAUCAAAUUGAAACUGCAUGGAGUUGUUCGGAACAGUGA